AAUUUUGAAAAGAUGACCUCAUCUGGGGAAAAAAUCAACCCAACUAAUUUAUGAAGUAAACGCCUUUGAAUUUUCUCCUAAACACGCAAUUCUUCUGUAUUUCAUCCAUUUCUUCCCUAUAUCUCUUUCUCCACCGGAACCAAACCAACCCAAACCAAACUAUUUUUCUCUCUUUCUUCCAACUCCUUCAAUUUCCUUCGGAAACACCUGACAACUGUAGCUGAGAAACUUUGAUUUUGAUUCUGAUCGAUCAAUCAGAAAAAACUAAACUUUGCUACUGAAUUUCGACUGCUCUGGAGCUUGAAUCAAGAGGUUAAUUUUUUUUAUUUUUUUUUUUUAUGAAUCUUGAAGGCAGAGCAUGGUGAAUUCAGUCAUGGAGGCUGAUCGCAGUGGUCUUCUGUCCAAAAUCAAGGUUCGAACUCCUCUUCUCCUGCUUCUUUAAAUGUUCUACACAAGUGAUUCACCCGUACAUAAUUUUUUAUCAUGAUUUUUUUUCCUGAUUUAGAUUGCUAAAAAUUCAAACUUUGCGAUCAUGUUCAAUUGAAUAACAAAUUUCUAUGCAAUCAUUUUAAAGUAAUGGAACUUCGAGACGAGCUUCAACGGUUGGACUUAUUGAUGUUUCAUAUGAAGUUAUUACACUCAUGGAAUUAAGUUUCAAGGAUACCCUAUUUUGCAGUUCUGUACUCUUUUUUUUUUUUCCUUAUUGCUAUGUAUUGAAUUGAUUAUGAAAUUGUUAAUUGUGUAUAUGAGGAGUUUGAUGUCUGAAAGACUAAUUCUCUGUUUUUCUCCCCAGAUUGUUAUUCUAGUAGGUACUCCCCCUGUCCUAAUUACAAGACACAAAUUUGAACUAACUUAGUGUUAAUUUGUGCCAUGUAAAUUUAGGACAGGAGAGAGUAAUUCAUUAAAAGAGUGUUUAAAAAUCAGUGACUGUGUUGAAAUACUAUGAUUGAAGAUAGAACUGCUUUAUUGCAAGUUCUCUGAUUACAUACCGUGAUGAAAUGAAGUUAUAGCGUUUUCACAUCCUCCUACCUGUAAACUUAACUGGAUUAUUCCGAGGACGAUUCAUAUUUUGAUGAUAGAAUGUUUUACCACCGUCUACACGUUCAAAAAUGUAGCAGAGCUUUAACCCUGGGUGGUUUGUCCUAUUGGUAUGUUUUAAUUGCUGUGUGUGUACAUGAAGGUUAAACCUUUGCAGUUUACAAUACUAGUUCAUUAUAAUGUUAGAAAAUGUUAGAAGGUUUUAAAUGACCGAUGGCUGGUGAUUCCACAUUUUCGACGUAGUUAUGCAUGAAUGUCAAUUGACUAUGCUAACUUUCGGUGUUCCGUGUUAUUACUAGAGAGACCUUUUCUUUUUGUUGCGUUUAUUGAUGCUAUCACAUAUAAUAAAUUUGUUCAGAAACUGACUGUUUGAGUGUUUGGCCCGGGAUUGCAGCGAGCUAUUUGUUGUAAUUCACCCCCACCUGACACAGGCAAAGGAAAAUGCAAGUCUAAAUCAUCAAUAAAUAGAGUAUCACAUGGAUUUCACUUGGUGGAAGGGAAGUCAGGGCACAACAUGGAAGAUUAUCAUGUUGCUGAAUAUAGAAAAAUAAAUGGCCAUUCGCUUGGCUUGUUUGCAAUCUUUGAUGGCCACCUUGGUGAUCGAGUCCCCAGUUACCUAAAAGAAAAUCUCUUCAACAACAUACUUGAACAGUCUAAUUUUUGGGAAUACCCGAAGCUUGCGAUUGGAAAUGCUUAUCACUCUACUGAUAAGCUUAUAUUAGAGAAUGCUGUGGAACUUGGUCCUGGUGGCUCAACAGCUGUGACGGCUAUUGUAAUUGAUGGAAAAGAUUUAUGGAUUGCUAAUGUAGGCGAUUCCAGAGCUGUUGUGUGUGAGAGGGGUUCUGCCAAUCAACUUACGGUGGAUCAUGAACCACACAGUGAAAGAAAGAGAAUUGAGAAACAAGGAGGCUUUGUGACUACUCUUCCUGGAGAUGUGCCCCGAGUUAAUGGUCAACUUGCAGUUGCGCGUGCUUUUGGUGACCAAAGCCUUAAAGCUCAUUUGAGUUCGGAGCCAGAUAUACGACAUGUACCCAUUGACUCUACUAUCGAGUUUGUCAUUUUGGCCAGUGAUGGCUUAUGGAAGGUAAUGAAGAACCAAGAGGCAGUUGAUUUGGUGAAAUCCAUUAAAGAUCCUCAAAUGGCAGCCAGGCGUUUGACUGCUGAGGCAUUGGCAAGAAAGAGUAAAGAUGAUAUAUCAUGCAUAGUAAUUCGCUUUGGAUAAUGCUCAUGAUCUUGUGAGGAGCUUUAAGGCACUUUUCUUUUCAGAUGGUGCAUGAUGAUUUGUUGUUAGUCUUCCUAUUUCGUGAAGCCGUCUAGUUUAGGUAUUAUCAGAGAUUGAGGCAGAUCUGGUGGUUGAUUGCACAGCGAAUUAUCGUUUUUUUGUUUUUGAUGUUGUGCAUGGUUAGUUUUCUGUUAUUCGCGACGUGACAGUGUUCUUUCCUUUUUUCCUCUGUAAAUCAGUGAAUUGUUUAGAGAUGGUGGUUGCCAUCUUGUAAAUCAGUAGGAGAUUGAUUAUAAUAAUGCCCUACUCUCUUUUGUAUGAAGGGCUUGUUCAUUACCUUUGAUUCGUAUGUAGACUUUUUGAUUGGAAAAAUUCUCUAUGGCGCUUCUUAGUUAUUGUCAGAGUUUCAAAGUUGAUACGAAUAAGCGAGUCAAAUAUAGCUAUUUAGCCGAAUGUGCUUGAUGGUUGAUACGAUUAAGCAAGCAAGAUAUAGCCUUCAUGAGAGUAACACUAUAGGAACUAAACCCGAGAAACUAUUACAAGUAGGGAAGUAUACCAAAAUACUCAUUCUAUUCCGAAAUUAUUGUUCCGUUAGUGUUUUCAUUUUUAGUUUAAAUUG